GUGUCGGUGGCCACUGUGGCCAGUGAAAAUGGCUUCCGAAAACUGCAGGCAGAUUGCCAGCUGCCUGCAGAUUGAAGCGGAGAAAGCGUGGCGCAGAUCCGAGCCCGAACGCGCUCUCUGCGGUAACCCACUCCUGUCGGCCGCUAACCUGCGCAAAGUUAAAGGCAACUUUAGUCUGCGGCGUUCACGUGUCCAUGGACCUCGCAGCGUAGUUUCUUUGUCGGAGCUUCGUGAAGCCACGGAGGGGCAGAUCCGUCCGAGACCCACACACUGAUCCCCGGCAUCUGUCCCUGAUCGAUGCCGUAGAUCAAUACUUGAUCACACCCGCAGCUGCUUUGUAUUUCAGUCAGAUAAUCCCGUGUUCUUAUCACGCAGGUGAUUGACUGUUAUCUUUCCAGGUAGAGUGUGGCUGUAGCAGGGUUAUUAUGGGAUGCAUGAAGCAGCAGCAGGACCCUUCAGAGUGUUUACUGCAGGCUCUGCAGCUUUGCAUGAUUCACUGUUCAGAAUAAUCCUUCUUUGUGUUACACUGGCCCUGCUCCUGAUUGGCCAGCUUCUGUAAGCUUCUGUCUGUUUUGUGACAGUAUAACCGGGACGUGUAGGUGCAUCAGCAGCGCUCAGGCUAAAAAAAUAAAUCAGCCGCUGGGUCGGAGAUGUUGGGAAAAUUUGCUGAAAAUCAUUAUUGGGUUCCAUGUUUGAACAAUACCGUUACAUAGAGAAUAUUCCCAGCAGUCCACAUAUGCAAACGUCUUUCCAGGUUAGUCUUGAGAAGUCAAGCACACCCAGUUUUUUCUUUUUUUAACUUUAUUCUCAAAAGUGCACAUUUUCCCCUGAGCUUUACCCCAGUCACCGGGACGAUGCUUCAGAGGUCAAGUCUGAGGCACACGCUGUUCGUCCAGCUUAAGUUUCUGCUUUUUUCUCUUAUUAUUAGAAAACGAUUCCAGGAAAUGAGCUUUUGUUUUGGUAUGAAACGAACAUUUGGAUCCAGAAUGAUUCCCGCGCUCGAUGACGGAGCGGCGGCGCGUGGGACUCCCGCAGCACUUUGAUGACACGUAGCUGGUGUGGAGAAAUGUGAACGAUACAAAGGAACGCUUAAACCACGUUUCAGUCUGAGAGCUCAUACCUGUGACCUUCACCUGUCCCCGAUUCUGAAAAACGGAGCUUCAGUUUGUGAAGAGAAACACGAGUACGAAUAUCUGAUAAACUGAACGUGCUGCGGGAGCAACGAGCGCCUCCUGUGACGCUCUAACAACUGUGUUUAUUUUCCACAGACGGGUGUGAAGUGGACGACGGACCGGAUUUCACCAUCAUGGUUCCACCAUGAGCGAGAACUCGCUGGACCUCUGGUUCUGUGAGGAGUGUCAGGACUAUUUCCAGAAGGAGUGUCCGUCUCACGGGCCCCCGCUGUUCGUCCGGGACACGCACGCAGCCCCGGGGACGGCCAACAGGGCGGCGCUCACGGUCCCAUCGGGUUUAGAGGUGUUCAGCGAGGGAGACGAGGUAGAUGUUCGCUGCGUGGACGCGAUCUACCCGAAGGGGGCACUGUUUGGGCCGUAUGAGGGAGAGCUGGUGUCCAAGGACAGAUCCUCAGGAUUCUUUUCAUGGAUCAUUGUUGAUGUGCACAACACUUACCAGUCCAUCGAUGGCAGUGAUGAGACCAAAGCCAACUGGAUGAGGUACGUGCGGACCUCGUUGGAGGAGAGCGACAGGAACCUCACGGCGUUUCAGCACGGUAAAAACAUCUACUUCAGAGUCUGCCGGGCGCUGGCGGCCGGAGAGAAGCUGAGGGUCUGGUACAGCGACGAUUACAUCAGACGACUUCACUGCGUUUCUCAGGAGAGCAUCGACCGCAACCUGGACACAGGUCCUGGGAAAGACUUCAAGUCCCCGUGCCUGCAGUCAGCUCUGCAGGGUAAACUGAGCAAACAGCCGAGCGAAGAGUCCGACGGUCAGCCUCCGGCCAAGAGAAAGAAGAUCGACCUCAUCUUCAAAAACGUCCUAGAAGCUUCUUUGGAGGACUCUGGUAAAUUCAGGUUCCGGUCUGGCCAAACCAGCGAGUAUAAAGUACCAGCCCUGGUUUCGGGGUUUGAUUCCUCUGAGAGCGGCUUUGGCGUUCCCAACCUGAAGGUGGAAGAGAAGGAGGAGGAGAACCAGAGCACAGAGAAACCCUCCACCUCCUUCUGCCCCAACUGUGUGAAGCUGAAGAGGAGGAUCCUGGAACUGGAGGAGGAGCUGUCCCGUCUCCGAGGAGAACAGGGGGACGCUGCUGCUCCGGCGACGUCCGAACAGACUCAACGCGAUCAGGCCCCACCGCACCCCGAGCAAGGCCCCAUCGAGGAUUUUCAAGGGAUGGAGCCCUCGACACCCACUCAGGUGGUUCUGGACGAAGACGAGCAGGACGUGGACUCUGCCGAUGAGUCCAUCGCUGCAGAUCUUGUGAUAUCUCCCGAGGACUCGUCGAAGCUUUCCUCCGCAGGAGGCAGACGGAUUCGACGCUUCAAGCAGGAGUGGCUGAAAAAGUUCUGGUUCCUCCGUUACUCGCCAACCCUGAAUGAGAUGUGGUGCCACGUGUGCCGCCAGUACACCGUCCAGUCAUCCCGCACCUCAGCUUUCAUUAUCGGCUCCAAGCAGUUCAAGAUCCACACCAUCAAGCUGCACAGCCAGAGCAACCUCCACAAGAAGUGUCUGCAGCUGUACAAGCUGCGCAUGCAUCCGGAAAAGACCGAGGAAAUGUGCAAGAACAUGAUGCUUCUCUUCAACGCAGCGUACCACCUGGCCCUAGAAGGGCGGCCCUUCUCCGACCUCCGUUCAUUGGCAGAGCUCCUGAAGAAGUGCGAGCUCAAAGUGGUAGAUCAGUAUAUGAAUGAAGGCGACUGUCAGAUCCUAAUCCACCACAUCGCCCGGGCUGUGAAGGAGGAUCUCGCAGAGAAGAUGCGUCUGUCUCCCUUCCUGAGCGUCAUAAUGGACGCCCAAAACGAUGACCUUUUCUCCAACAUGGUGGCGGUCUACGUCCAGUUCGUUACCAACGAGGGCUCCCCAAACACAGAGUUCCUGUCCUUGCAAAGACUGACCGUGGCCAAUGUGGAUGGGUAUCUCCAGGUCAUGGAUCGUGCCUUUGGUGUCCUAGGCCUCCGGUUUCAGGACUUGCUGGUGGUCGGUUUGGGGGUGGACGGCACCAACAUCUCUUCAGGAAUGAGAGCAAACCUUUAUAUAGCUGUCCAAAAAACCUUUCCCUGGAUCCUCUGUCUUCCCAUCAUGAUCCAUCGACCACAUCUGGAAGUUCUGGAUGCCAUCAGUGGAAAGGAGCUCUCCUGCCUGGAGGACCUGGAAAACAACCUCAAACAGCUUCUCAGUUUUUACCGCUACUCCCCUCGCAUGAUGGCCGAACUGCGAUCCACUGCGCCAACACUGUCAGAGGAGACAGAGUUCCUAGGAGACAUCAGAGCCAUACGCUGGAUCAUAGGAGAGCCCAACGUCCUUAAUGCGCUCAUCAAGGAUUACCUGGAGGUCGUUGCACACCUUAAGGAGAUCAGUAGCCAGACACAGAGGGCUGACGCUGCGGCCAUCGCGCUCACCCUCCUCCAGUUCCUCAUGGACUAUCAGUCAGUGAAGCUCAUCUACUUCCUGCUCGACAUCAUAGCUAUCCUGUCACGAUUGGCCUUCACCUUUCAGGGAGAGUACCUGCUGGUGUCGCAGGUGGAAGCCAAGAUAGAGGAGGCCAUUCAGGAGAUAGGCCAGUUGGUGGACUGCCCCGGAGAAUAUCUGCAAGAGUUUGAGGAAAAUUUCAGAGAAAGUUUUAACGGAGUUGCCUUGAAGAACCUGCGCGUUGCAGAGUCCAAGUUUCAGUCCAUCAGAGAAAAGAUCUGCAACAGGAGCCAAAGUAUCCUGUCUCAGAGGUUGGACCUGCAGAGCUGCUCAUUUGCCAAAGCCUGCAAGGUGCUGGACCUGUCCACCUGGCCCAGCAACCACGAGGACCUGCAAGCCUACGGGGACGAGGAAAUCAAGAUUAUAUUCAACCACCUGGAAUCGAUUCCCACCGCAGCCCAGGAGGUCUCCCAGACGGAGGCCAGAGGCGGCCUGGUGGUGGAGUGGAAGGAUCUGAAAGCAGACUACUACAGUAUGAACGGUUUUAAAGAGGUGAUCGGCCACAUCUGCAGGUACAAGCAACGCUUCCCGCUGCUGAACCGCAUCGUGCAGGUUGUCAGGGUCCUGCCCAGCUCCACGGCCUGCUGCGAUAAGGGCCGAGGGUCUCUGCAGAAAAUGUGCAAGAACAACCGCUCCCGGCUGACCCUGGAACAGAUGAACGAUCUGCUGACCGUGGCUGUUAAUGGACCGCCCAUCGCAAACUUUGACGGGAAGCGAGCAUUGGACAGCUGGUUCGAGGAAAAGUCCGGCAGCAGCUACUCACUCUCGGCUGAGGUGUUGAACAGGAUGUCGGCGGCUGAUCAGAAAUGCGUGCUGCACAGCGUUGACGUCAACGCAGAAUUCUACCCUGAUGUGUAACAUGCAGAUCCUGUGCUGCUGAAAGAUGUGGUGUGCAGCCAAACAAGGGUAGACGCUGAAUUCAGAAAAGCCGUGACGUCACAAUUACUGCCACCAAAUUCAGCUGGAAGAACAAAAGCAGCCAAUCGGUGUGAAGAGGCAGAAAAUCAAACAUCCCAAAAAUUCCGCUAAAAGCUCAAGAAAACCCAAACGAGCCAUGUGAGCGCAUCUUGACCUUCAGUGGCCUUUGGCUCGUUCAGUCAUCAGGUUCUGGGAACACUUUCUGCACGGCCACCAAAAUGUUUGUUGUGAAAUUUUAGCUUCAUAUAUCAAAAAUGUUUCAACAUAUAGGAUUUUAAAAAUGGCUCUGUAGACUUACUUCCAGCAGCUUUUAUCUUUUUUUGCAGUUUGAAAUCUGAGGCCCUGUUUGAAUAUGAGUAUCUCCAAAACUGUUAAAUGUUAAACAUACAAGUAGUGGGACUCUCCAACAUUUGCUCUCAGAGGUGAAACGUCUGGAAACCUGGAGGCCAGUCGCUUUUCUUUGCGAGCUCCUUAGACGACCGUGACCUGGUGACCUUCACAGACAUAAUGAUAUAAAACUUUUCAUAUGAGAAAUAAACUUAGCAAAGCAAUUAAGACUUGUGAAAAGGGGAUUUCUAGCUCAUUUCCCAUGAUUGGCAGUCGGAUACAAGACAAACAUGACCUCAUAGUGGGUGAAAAUAAAUAUUUAACAUAUUAAGCUAAAGUUUCACAGCAAUCCUUUUACAUGUCCAAACUUUUGAUCGUGAGACCUUUGGACAAAUCGAAGGUGGUCGAGCCGAGAGCCCACGGCGACUGAGAUAGACUGAAGAAGCGUUUCUCCACAGAGCUUCAGCAGUCUGCUCGUUCUGCUCGUGAACGUGCGAAAGCUCAUCAUCAGCUGCAUUUAAAGGAGCUACAGAAACACACGUUAUGAAGAUGAAGGUCUCUGCAGACCAGAGAAAAUGUCACAUGACCUUUUAACAUCCACCAGCUCAACUGGAAAUCUUACUAAGACGAACUCCGAGUCAGACUCUCUGUAGAAGGCCUGAUCUGACUGCUAUGGUAUUCUGGUCUCUGUGUGAAUGGGUUGCAACCUAAUCUCGACCCAAGUGAACAAAAAUGACCGCAAAGUGCUUCAAAACGUCCCAAAUCGAUGCAAAACGACGUCCAAAAGGCUCCGAGAGACCCACGACCUCCACGGAGACACAGACUCACCACCAAGAAACAAACGUCCACAGGGAGGCGGCGAAACAAGAAGCACAAAAACAAGCGACGGAAGACGAGCUGAGCGUGUGCCGCUGUGUUGCUUUCACGUGUCCGUGCUCGGCUGGGAGCCUCCCGCUCCGAGCUGCGCUUGUUCCAUGUGAUAAUGAAGCGCUUGUUGCCACGAUAACAGACAGUUUCACAUCGGGAACAAUCGUUGCUCUCUGCUUUAGCUCAUCUGCCAGCAGCUUAUUCAGUGUUGUGCCUGACAGGAAUGAAAAGCUGGAGUGUGAGGAUGUAUAAAGGCUUUAUAUUUCUAUUAGAAAUGCCCUGCUGCACACGGUCUAUACUGUGGUGACUGUACAUACUGUAAAUGCUGCCGAGCCUGUUUUUAAAGGACAGUGUUUUUCUCUUGAAUUGGAUGAUUGUGCCAAAAUGAUCGAAUGCGAAGAAAAAGGUGCUAUCCUGCGACGCCACGCUGUACUUUUGCCAUAUUUGUUCAGUCUUUAGUGCAGCCAAUGAUCUAUUUUAUGUUCCUGAUGCCAUUUUCCACUGAUGUUCUGCAGGAGCAGUUCAGCUUCGGCCAAAGCUUCAGAGGCGUUGUAACAGCUGCAUGAUCGACUGCUGCUUUCAGCUCCUUCCUAAGCCUGUGUUUUAUAAUUAUUAUAAAGGUUUUUUUGCUCAUGUUUAAUGCAGAAAUAAAUAUGCCAUGAUGGGAAUGAUCAGCCUGACUUUAUUUUU